AUGAUCGACGGGAAGGAACAGCAGGAGCUGUACUGGAAGUUAGCCAACACGUUGGCCACAGUCCUAAGAAAGCAAAAGAACGGAUCGUUCGAACUUGCCCGAGGAUUCCUUUGUACUUCCAAUCACAGCGUGCCCGUUCAAACUGCCGCUUUACAAGUGAUCAGAGCCGCCAGUCCAACACUUUAUGACUCUAAGUUGGCCAACACGCUCAUCAGACUAUUCCGCAACGUUUGCCCCCAACCAACAACAACUGGCGAGUCGCAACUAGCCAUCGACAUUCUUGUCAGAUGUAUUCCUGAACAGCAACAUGUUGCAACGAUGCUUCUUCGUACGGAAACACUGAAUCCAGAUGAUCCUGAAAAAUGGCAGUAUUUUUAUAAAGCUGUCCAAAGUAGUGGACAGAGGGAUGAGUUG